AUGUUUCAUUCAUUUUUAUUUCCUACCAAUAGAAAUCCAAUGCAGGAGUAUAAACCUGGCCAAACUAUUAAAAAUAACCAAAAGAAUUAAUUACCUCAACUUUCUAAAUAUAUCGAAAGUGAAAUAAUGAAAAGAAGUAUUGAAAAGGAACAAGAAAGAAGAAAAUCGUUAUAGUAAUAAUCUAAUCAGAUAGAAAAAGAAAUUUAAAAUAAAUAAUUUCUCAAAGAAAGAGUUAUCAAAAAAGAAAGAGAUUUAUUUGUUGGAUAAGGAAAUUCUUUAUAUGCAAAUGCUGCAGAAAUAAAACCUCAGAAAAACUUCAAUUAACCAUAUUAUUAGUUUAACUAAUACUCAACUGUGGAUUAGAAACAAAUAAAUAGUACAUUUAAGGAUGAAGCCAGUAAUCGAGAAAGAUCAAUAACCUCCAACAUUAAAAACCAUAGAUACCAGCAUUUUAGCUUAUUGGAGGAUGAAAUCCCUAUUACAUCAAAUAAUAAAAUGAUUGAUUGCAAUUAGAUCUUAGAUUUUAGGAUAUCUGUUGACUCAUAAUAUACUUAACCUCAUAUGGAAAGUAGAUUAGGUAGAUAAAUUCCUAAUUAUAUUCAUUUCUUCUAAAGCAGAUUCGACAAACCUUAUCAAUUGGCAAAGGAAGAGUAUGAAAAGAAAAUAUAAUUACCUUAAAAUCUAUUUAAAUCGUGGGGCUUCAUAUGUCUUUUUAUAUUUAGAUUAAUUAAACGUUUAAGAUAAAAAAAAGUCAAAUUUAUCUAAAAUUUAAAAGAUCUAAGAACACGAGGAGACGCUUUAAAUUAAGAAAAAGUUGAAGAAAUAAAAACCCUAUGGUUUAAAAAAUUAAUCCAAAAUUUAUUACAACCUAUUUAAUCGAGUAGAUUUACUUAACACUUUUAAUAAAGUUAAAACCCAAAUGAUAAGAAAUUUAUAUAGAAGCGCAAACAAUGGAUAAUGAAUUUUUCGUAAUUAUUUUUUAAUAAUCUAUUUGAGAUGACAAAAGCACAUAAUUUCAACAAAGAAAUUUUAUCAUUAGCCUAAUACCAUAUCUUGGAAAUCAAUAAGAAAGGUAGCUUAUUCGUAGCCAAAAGAAUAAGAAAAAAAUAAAUUAAAAAUGAAUAAAUGCUUCUCAUUUGUGAUUACAUAUUCUUUUCAUUUAUUAUCGAGAAAAUAAUAUUAGAGUCAAACUAGAUGGUAUGCAUAAAUGAUCAUCAUUUAGCUGAAUCUAAAUUUUAGCUUGUAUCUAUUUGCAGUUUGAUAUAAAUUCUCUUUAUGAAUCAGUUUAAGGAAAUGUAAUAGUAUUAACCAAACAUUUCCAGAAUCAUUCAGAAAAGAUUAAAAAUAAGUAAAAAUAAAUGUUAAGAUUUAAAUAUUACUGAGGAUGAAGUUAUUGAAUAAAAUGAGAAUAUCAUCAUAGGUUUGAAUAAAUUAGAAUUUUAUGAAAACUUAAUUAAAUAAAAUUAAAAGUGGUAUUAAGAUAUUUCAACUUUAUUUGAAAAUUGUGUAAGCAAUUUAGCAUCUUAAAAUAAUAUUUGAUAAUUAUAUUUAUUUAUAUAUAUGCUGUUUUUAUAAUAAAAAGUAUUAGAUGCAAACAUGAAUCCUAAUAAACCAUAGUAUUUAUGGUAGAAUAAUCGAUCAUCUUUACACAAACGAUAUUAGAUUUCAUCUAGAAGCAAUAGCCUUUCAAUUAAAAGUAAUAGAGAACAUUAUUCAUCCUCAUUUGAAAGCGAUCUAAGAAAAAGCCUUUUAGCUCAAUCACAACUUUAAUAUUAAGAAAAACUACAAUAAGUAAUGGAUACUCAGAAUGAAUUACUUAGACAUCAAUUGUUAGAAAUUUAAAAUAGGCAACUGAAAUUCCAGAAUCAAAUGCUUCAAUAAUAAGUAGAAAAAAUCUAGUAUGAUGUAGAAAACACCUUCAAACUAGUAACAAAAUAGAAAUUACCAGCAUUAAAUUCUUAAUACUAAAACCCAAUUGCUUAAUAAAUCUUAAAUAAUGAAUCAAUGAUCUCCUAAAUAAAAUAGCAUCAUUAAUUGGCUGAGGCAAAUAGCUUCAGAAAUAAUUUAAAAGAAAAUCAAUUGGAUAAAAUAGAGAAAAUAGAGAAAAUAGAGAAAAUGGAGAAAAUGGAUUAACAAUCAGAAAAUACUAUCAAAGAUAUACAUUAAACUACCAUAAAAGAUAAUUCAAAUGACAAUGAGUUUAAAAUUAAUAAAAAAACAAUUCCUUAAAAACCUAAGAAAUAUUUCACAAAACUAAAAGUAAUCUUUUUGGUUGUACUUGCUUAUGUAAGAUGGAGCAAAAAUUUUAGAGUAAAAAGAAUACAACAAGCAAAAAAAUUAAAAUAAAUUAGAGAGAAAUUCUAGCUUGCUAAAUAGAAUAUCUUAGUAAUUAAUGAAGAUCAAAUAAAAUUACAACUUUAUUAAUGGGUAGAAAAUGUAUUUGAUGAAUUCAUCUUUGAGCUCUGUAGACCUGAAUUCUUAAAGCAUUGUCAAACUUAAGAUUAUGAUCCUAACUCUCAUGAUAAUAUUAUUUAUAGAUAAGGACUGAUAUUAAAAUUAACAUUAGAUUACUUUAUUAGACUUGAAAAAAUGACUUAAAUAAAUGUUUUACCAAAAUUAAUUGUCAAUUUGAUGUAUUUGUCAUUGUUUUUAUCUUAAAAUUCUAAAGCACCAUUAUUUGUAGCAAAAAGAACCAAUUUUUAUUUGAAAAACAGUAUUAAAAUAUCCAGUCCAUAAGAAAAGAUGAUUAUUGGAGAAUAUAUAUUGUUUCGCUUAAUCAUACAGAAUAUGUUGAUUAUAUUUAAUAAUAUCAAAUAUCAUAAUCGAAUCCAUGAAAAGCUUAUCAAAUUUUUUGUUACUGUUAUAGCAAGUUUUAUUUAAAUCCUAUACAUGGACUACUUUGAAGAUAUUAAAUUUGUUAAAUAAAUUAAUGUUGAGUUGUAUUAAAGAAAAAUUGUUUUAGAUGAAAAUUUUAAAGCAUUAAUGAUUUUAGAAGAGUAAAUUGAUGAAAAUGAAUUACUGAUUUUAGGUUUGUAAGAUCGAUCGUAAUUUGAAAUUCUGUUUUAACAGUAGAUUGAUUGGAUUUAAAAUAUAAGCAAAAUUUUCCAUAAAAUUAUUAUGAACCUACACUAAUAAAUAUGA